AUGACAGGUGCAAAUCUUCCAGAAAUGCUUGAUAAUCAACCCCACCUGCCCAUGGACCUCCUCUCCGUAGAACAUGGUUUGGCCUCACGUUUGAUCAUCGGGUCCGAAAUCGACUUGCCAAUGAUCGUCCAGUUGAACCUGGGUACAUGGGAAUCCCGUGCGCGUUCAGUGCACGGCAUCGAAUGCCGGGGAAUUAAUCCUUGGGUGAGUCCGCAGACCGCGAACGGAGAGAAGAACCUGGAACGGUCGCAUCUGGGUGUUAGGAGUCGGGAAGAACUCGGCUAG